UCGUUGGUUACCGGAAGUGUCCGAGUCUAGCGAGAAUGGCGGCGAUGUUUACGUGUUGUCUGAACUGCUGCGGAGAUGGCGGAUCAGGCCAUGUUCAGCUCAAAGAAAUGCCAACUGUGCAAUUAGACACUCACAACAUGGGUACAGACGUAGUCAUAGUGAAGAGUGGUAGAAGGAUAUGUGGCACCGGCGCUUGUCUGGCCAACGCUCCUCUGCAGCAGAACAAAAGCUACUUUGAGUUCAAGGUCCAGUCCACUGGUGUGUGGGGAGUGGGUGUGGCUACGCAGAAGGUGAAUCUUAACCAAGUGCCUUUGGGCAGAGACACCAACAGCCUUGUCCUGAGGCAUGAUGGGUCUGUGACUUACAAUAAUGAAGAGAAGAAUCGACUACCUGCGAACAAUCUUCCUCAGGAGGGGGAUGUAGUGGGUGUCACUUACGACCACGUGGAGCUGAAUUUAUAUCUGAACGGGAAGAACAUGCACUGUCCUGCCUCAGGGAUCCGAGGCACAGUAUAUCCUGUUGUUUAUGUGGACGACAGCGCCAUUAUCGACUGCCAGUUCAGCGACUUCUACCACACACCUCCGCCGGGAUACGAGAAGAUCCUCUUCGAGCAGCAGAUCUUCUGAAAUCUCCUCUGCUACCACACUAGAGUUGUUGUUCACUGACAAAAAGUGUUUUUGAUUUCCUCUUGUCGUCUCUUUCCAAUCGACGUCUAUACUGACAACGUUCUUUCCUGACUUUGCAUAUCACUUUACGUGGCAGGAUUAUAUGAUUCAGGAUCAGAAGCCAUCUUGACGGACCUGUUCAUGCACAUGAUCGCUCUUAAAAAUGUUCUAUUUAUACCUAUUUAUUUACUUCAAAUGUAGGAGCAUACAAGAUGGCCGACAUCUCCACUCAUUCUUCAAUUCAACAAUGUUGCCUUUGUGAGUAAAAUACACCUCAGUAAACAUUCAUCAGGAUGUUUUGUUGAGACCCUUCUGAUCAUAGAUUCAGUCCCAGUUCCGGGGCCAGUAUGCUGAUUUCAUAGUUAGCUCUAUUCAUUGAAGACUUUCCAACAUUUAUAUCUUGAACCGCGUGUCGUUACUAAUAUCACAUCAUCGAUUGUCCUCGCUCAAUCUCUCGUGUCGUUUUGAAAUCUGCUGCCGAAGUGAAACUCUGAAUGUUUCAGACGCUUGUCUUUGUUUGCACUACUUAUGUAUUGAAACCCAAAUACUGUUGAUUAAACUCUCUGCGUUUGAAUGCACCACCACCUUCGG